AUGGAGAGAUCAAGAGUGAGCCUCGGCCAAUCCAGCACUUAUGGCCAAGCCUGCAUGCAAUGCUACAAGGCAAAGUGCCGUUGUGUGCGUACCUCAACUGGUGGUAAUUGUGAAAGAUGUCUCCGUCUCAAGAAAAGGUGUCAACCAUCAGAGUCGGUUCGAAGGAGUAAUGCUCAGACAGCGGAAGAGUCCGCUAUGCGGAUCGCUCGGCUGGAAGACAAAAUGGACAGCUUGUUAUCCGCAAUGCAAUCUUGCAUCCGCCCCCCCGGGGAUUCUGUCCUUCAGCCACCCAACGAAAAUAGGAGUCCAUCAUCGACAUCUUAUACGAGUGGCACUCUAGUAAGCACCACGAGCACUAAUGUAGGCUUCGGUGAGGGGACGACAUUCGGAACCAACUCGGUGGCCACAGGAUCACCGCAUCUAAGUCCGUUGUUUCUGUCUCAUCAGUUUCCUCUAUAUCCCUCUACUCCAUCGCCAAAUCAAGGAGAUGAACCUCUCAAUUUCUUCCGAUCCCGAAUGCUGCCAUAUUUCCCUUUCAUCGACCUAACCCCGGACAUGACAAGCCAGUAUUUGCGCCAAAAUAGGCCUUUCUUGUUGCAGGCUAUCCACACUGUGACCAUAUUCUCGACAGAGGAAAGGCUGGUUCAAGGUGAGGAGCUGAAGCGUCUCCUGUUCACGUCUGCUCUGCUCAAAGUCCAAUCAAAUAUCGACCUGCUACUUGGACUACUGACAUAUAUAGCAUGGAGCACAGACGCUUUUCUUGGCAGAGCAGAUCUCAUCUCUCGCUUCAUGAUGCUCGCCAUUUCACUAGUAUAUGAUCUGAGGUUGUUCAAGCCAUCCUCAACAGAUGUGCAUCUCAUGAUGGCUAUUACCCAGGGGCAGGCUGAUGAAAAUAGCCCGAGCGGCAACGAGAAAACGCCCUACGAUUUAUUAGAAAAGCAGCGGGCAGUGUUGGCAUGUUUCGUUUUGAGCUCCAAUAUUUCGUCACAUCUUGGGCGCCAAGACGCUCUACGAUGGACACCUCAGAUGGGAGAGGCGCUUCGGGUCCUUACAUUAAACGAGUCAUGCGCCGCAGAUAAGCUAUUUGUCUCUCAAGUCCGAUUACAGCUGUUAAAGCAAAAAGCGGAUGACGUCCGACAACAGGACGAGACAGAUUGCGACGGCAAAGGAACAGCACACCUGGGGGCCUCGGCUCCUCGCUUAUUAUAUCUCAAGGCUCUGCGAAGGCAACUGUACGAGCUAAGAUCUUCGUUUCCUUUGGAUCUACACCAGAUAGACAUUCUCAGUACACAGGCGCAAUAUGUAGAAUUGUACAUAAAUCAACUGGCUUAUUCUAUAAGUCCAGACACGCUUCCUUUAGAUUUAUCUGGACAGAAGGGUGAUGGUGGGAUAUUCCUGGGAUUCGAACGCCUCGAGUGUUUGUGGCAGUCGGUGGAGAACAUCAAGUCAUGGCUGGACGACUUCUACCGAAUCCCUUGCUCGAAGCUUAUCGGCCAACCUUUUCAUUUUUGGUCGCAGAUGAUUCUGAGUAUCACACUUUUGAAGUAUCUAUCAACACUCAAAGACCCAGACUGGGAUUGCCAAGCGGUGCGGAACCGAGUUCACCUAAUAUCGACGAUGGACUGUAUGCUUCGGAAGCUCGACCUGAGCAGCAAGGAGCCGGACCUUCAGUGCAACGACCAUUUACUCAAGCUUUUAUCCAAGCUUUUAUCUAGAUGUCGGGCGUGGGCUGAAGCUCGGUGGAACAUGGCUUCUCAUGUAGAAGGCGUGGAGACUACGCCAAACUCAGAUACAAUCAGUUACAACCACCGCAUCCCAGAUCUAGAUCAGAUAACUUGGAUGCAGUCGAUGGACUUGGGAGAUGAUCAGUGGUUUGAAGAUGUACUGUGUAUACCCACGUCUUUCUGCUAG